AUGCCUGCGCUCGUAACGACCACAGCUGACGCGGCAGCGGCGGCGGAUCGCCUCAUCCUCGAGGUAUCCAAAGCGCUCUCUGCGCCAGCUGGAGGUACAGGGAUUGCAGAGAAUCUUUCGACGGCGCUGACAGGAAUCCAGAAGCACGCCAGGUCCUUCGGCUUCUCCUCGAAACAAUGCGAACAGCUCGUUCGAUUGGCUCUGCUUGGCCGUCUUCGUCCACUCUCAUCCACAGGCACCAGCAGCUCUGCCAAGCAGAAGCCUCCCAAAUCAUCCGUAUCGCUUGCCCUCUUGCGGUUCGUCAUCCCCAAACCACGCGCUCGAGUCGGCAGGCAAGCUGUGCUCGACAUCAUCGCAUGCUUGGGACCAUCGCCGGGUGCCGACACGCUCAAACCAGCUGGUCUGCUGCGAGACGGCAGCAGCAGUGCAGGUCCAAGUCUCGGGCCACAACGACUUCAAGUGGACAGCAAGGUCCAAGUGGCAGCACUCAAGCUGCUAUCAGUGCUGCUCGAAUCGCCCUCGGUACCCUUAUCCAUCGCUGCCAACUUCUACAGCAAUGCUACGGAUCAGGAGGCGGCAUCACGCUCGGAAAGGCAACGAAACGAACGUGAGCAGGAGCGACUUCAACGACAUGCAUCUCAAUACACUGGGCUCGCGGGGAACCUGCCGACCUCGUACCUCACAUCUGCAGCCAAGACAACGUUGGAAAAGUGCUAUUCGACCUUGUUCCACUACCUUGACUAUCAGGCUCUUCGACCACAUCUGUGCUACCUACUAUGCAGGUUGACGAAACGCAGACACGUUCGACAUUACAGGAUCACCAAGCUGAUGGCGAUGCGAGCCAAUUCGGCGGGUGAGGCGGGGGUUUCGGCUGUGCUUUCGACGUACGCCAACUUUUAUCCGGAUCUGUUGUUCCCGGAGCUGUUGGGAGGUGGUGGUGCGGGAAGCUCGGCGAUCGCGGGCGGUCCGGCAGCGAGUUUGAAGUAUCCGGAUUGCGACUGGAUUGCAGCGGUGUUGCUGGCGCAUGCGCGCUGCACACGGCGCAGUCAGGGCGAGGCGGUGGAGUCGGACGACGAAGCAGAGGUCGAGAACGAGGAUGCAGGGGGCAACAGGGCGAUAAAGAAGCAACGUUUGUCUUCGAAUGCUGUCAAGGAGAGCGCGGCAGGCGAUCAGGGAGCGAUCGGCUCGGCCGCUCCGACAUCGAUCGCCAUACCGAAUCUAGUCACAAUACAGCCUCUCAACUCGGCGCAGAAAGCAUUCGGCACACAUCCUUCGCUCAUCACGGAACUCUCGUCUUUGCGACAUUUGGCUCACAGUCUGGAUCGACUGGUGCUGCCGUCUCAAGCGGCAGCGAUGCUUGGAAGCGGAUUCGGCGCGCGUCUGAUGCGCGUCGCUGUGCUGGCGGGUGCCACGGUGACCAACGAGGACUCGCUCAGCCAGACGAUCCCUGCGGGUCGUAGAAACCGGCAGGCGGAGCAGGAUCUUUGCUGGGCACGACUGUCGGACUGGCUCGAGAGCGUGCUGAGCGACGAGCUUGGUGUUCAGGCAUCGUCGCAGAAGAGGAGGCUGAAGCUGCCGUCGACCGAGGCCGAGUUCAAGAGGCUGGCAGCGUUGUUGCGCAGGACGAGGUAUGUCUUCGAACUGGCGGAGCAGAUGCCGGCGAAGUUGGAGGCGCUCACUUCGAGCGUGUUGACGGCGAUCGCUCAGGUGGCUGCUGGUAAGGAGGAGGAGCGAAGCGGGAAGGAGGUCAAGACGGUGGAUGAUAUGGAUGGGUGGUCGGAGAGGUGGGAUCAGCUGGCGAAGGAGGUGCUGACGUUUGUACCUCUCGUCACGCCGUGUGAUCUGGCGUCGUUCGAGGAGAGGUUCAUGGCGCCUCUGGACGUGCUGGCGACGUCGAGCAAGGUCUCGCUGGAUACCUCUGCGGCUGCGCUGCUGGCCUUGUCCGGUCUGCUGUCUAGCUGGGGCGUUCGCGAUUGGGCAGAGAUCGGGCGUACGCUCGAUUCGCGCAACUCGUACCGUUGGGGCAUCUCGAACCUCGACGCUGGCGUGGACUACACCGAACUCAUCUCGAGCGUCUCUUCUCGCACCGAUGCGCUGGCGGCUUCCUUGGUGGGGCUGUACCCGCGUCACCUGAUGAUGGAACACGCAUCGCUAUCGGUCUACGAGGCGCUGUCUGGCCCGCUCGUCGGCAUGCGUGCUACUGCAAGCAUCCCGGCUCUGCCGCUGUUCGCCUUCACCAUGCAUGCGAGUACCAUCGUGCCCGUCUCACGUCUCUGCGGACUCGUGCAGGAUCUGCGCUCGGCAUUCGAGCAGCACAAUGCGGGCGUCCACGAUGCAGCCAAAGUUGACGGCGGACUGGAGAGCAAGUUCAUCGAACUGCGAUCUCGAUUCUUCGAAGAGGAGAAUCUCGCCACGCUCAACAGCACCGUGACGCUCGUGGCGAAUCUCGUGUGGAUGGGCAAGGUGAUCCUGGAGGACGACCAACCUGGUGCGCUUCCGGCAGGAUUCGACGCUUCGGUGCUCAACGAGUUGACGCAGCGCGGCGAUGUGUUGAACCUCAAGCUGUCGACGUUGGCCAACAGUCCGUUCUCGCGAGCCAUGAGUCACGUUACGGAGCGGUUCGCCAACGUGUAUGCUUCGAAGGGGAAGGUGAAGGAGGAGGGGUGGAUACGCGGGCCGAUCACGCAGAAGACGUUGAAAGGCGCCAAGAAGAGUGGGAUGCCGGCGGCGUGGACGCAUACGGACUUCAGAGCGUACAUGUUGGAUUGGCUGGAUAGGGAGGGUGCGAAUGGGUUGUACGAGCUGCUCAAGAAUAUUCUGGUCACUUUUGGCAGUCAGUUGAAGAGUAUCAGAGGGGAGGGGGAGGCGGAGGGCAGGUGA